UGCAAAUUUCUCAUACUCAUCUUCACCAACCUCUGUUUCUCUCUCUUCACAUUCUUCACUCUCUUCACAUUCUUCACUCUCUCUCUCUUCCAAAACCGUUACAACUUUGUUCAUUCUUUUCAUCACUCUCCGAUUCAACUAUGACGGAUUCCGAGAAAGACGCAGUGCCAGCUUCACCGGCGGCGACACUUUACGUCGGCGAUCUUCACUCCGACGUAACCGACGCUCAACUCUACAAGGCGUUUUCUGAAUUCAACACCCUCAUUUCCGCUCGCGUCUGUAAAGACUCCGCCACCGGGAAAUCACUCUGUUAUGGUUACGUCAACCUCUCCUCUCAUCAAGAAGCAAUUCGUGCAAUCGAGUUGAAGAAUCAUUCUUCCCUCAAUGGAAAAGUGAUAAGGGUCAUGUGGUUAAGUCGUGAUGCUGAUGCAAGGAAGAGUGGCAAAGGGAAUGUGUUUGUUAAGAACUUAGCAGCAUCCAUAGAUAAUGUGGGACUACAUGAUUUAUUUCAAAAAUAUGGGAACAUUUUGUCCAGCAAAAUUGCCAGGUCUGAGGAUGGGAAGAGCAAAGGGUUUGGUUAUAUCCAGUUUGAUUCAGAGGAGUCUGCAAAUGUGGCUAUCCAGAAAAUGAAUGGCUCUACUGUGAGAGAUAAGCAGAUAUAUGUUGGGAAAUUUAUCAGAAAAAGUGAGCGCUCUCUUCCUGACCUGGAUGCCAAAUUUACAAACUUGUACGUUAAGAAUUUGGACCCAGUUGUUACUGAAAAGCAUCUUGGAGAAAAGUUCUCCUCUUUUGGAAAAAUUGUUAGCUUGGCUAUUAAAAAGGAUGAGAAUGGGCAGUCAAAAGGCUUCGGAUUUGUUAACUAUGACAGCCCAGAUGAUGCUAGACGAGCAAUGGAAGCAAUGGAUGGAUCACAGUUUGGUUCAAAGAUCUUGUAUGUUGCAAGAGCACAAAAAAAGGUUGAACGUGAGCAGAUAUUGCAUCAUUUGUUUGUGGAAAAAGGCUUGAAACACAUGGGAUCAAACAUUUAUGUGAAGAACAUUGAUACCAGUGUUGGCGAUGAAGAACUACGGGACCAUUUUAGUGCAUGUGGCGAAGUCUUGUCUGCAAAAGUUAUGCGAGAUGACAAAGGGACAAGCAAGGGGUUUGGUUUUGUCUGUUUUUCUACCGUGGUGGAGGCCUUUAAGUCUAUGAGCUGUUUUAAUGGGUGCAUGUUCCAUGGCAAACCACUGUAUGUUGAUUUUGCUCAGAAGAAAGAGGAUAGGAAAAGACUAUUGCAGCACAUGCAUGCUCCGAAACUAGAAGGAUUAGCAGGACAUUCUUCUACUGCUGUUAUCCCUGGUGCACGUCCUCCUCCUUUCAUCUACAGAACUUCUGGUGUUGUUUAUCACCCUCCUCUGGGAUCAGGAUGGAGUGCUAAUGGCUUUGCAUCACCUUCUAUAGGAUUACAACAAUCAAAAGCUUCUAUUAUUUCCAACUUCGGUAAGCCGCACAUGAUAAUCCUGGGUGAGACAAAAGAUAAUACAAAUUCAAAAGAGUCGAUUACUCACUCAGGACAGGCCAAGAACGUGGCCAGUGGAUGCCAGCAGGAGACGCAAGGAAAAUCUGGAAUUUCAUCUGCUAUGCAGGCUCUUGAUCUUCAGAAGACCAAAGUUUCUGGCCAGGAUGUGCUUCAUUCAAAUUCUACUUCAGCUGGGGUUGCUGUCAUUUGAAUAUAUUUCAAAAACCAAGAGAUGAUGCCUCUUUUAUAGCUUAGCUUGUGAUGUGGUGGUUGAAACUUCCAAGUAUACAGAUAUCUGAUAUUGUAAUAUACUUGAUUUUAGACUUCUUUGAGUUUUUUUUUAGGAUUUGUUCUGCAGACUGCAUCAUAUUUUCUAGCCUUUUGAUGUGAAUACACAGUGAUGGUACAUUCAGCCUUUUCAAUUUGAUUGUGAAUAUGCAGUGAUGAUAUUGAUACAUUCAGCCUUUUCA